GAUCUGCAAACUGAUUUGUAAUUAUAUAUAUAGAUACGCGUACGUCUAUGACCAGUUUUUAAUAUGCGUCGAUGACGAUGCAAGUUGUAAUUUGAUCUCGUCAUAACUACGGCAUGCAGCUGGUAAAUGUGUACAAUGGCAUAGCUAUCAGGAGUGUAUGAAUACAUUUGCCCAUUUAGUGGGAGUACAAUACCUGCACAGCACUGUGACUGUGAGUAGCUCAUGUGACAAUCAUUUGAGCAGUAUAAUUAUAGAUCUACCUACCUGCCUAUAAUCAGAAGUUAGUAAGCCUGUGGAUCAACAACACCAAGUGCCUUGAACAUCAGAUUAUUACAUUACUGCUAGGCUUUGUCAUGUCAAGAGAGGCGUGCUGCUUACUCUUCACAUCACUACUCAUAUUAUCCCUGCACGUUUCUACCUUUGCUCAAAAUGUGGUCCAAUUAAGCCCUUACUGCAACAAUCAAACAGAAGUCAAUGAAUCAUGUGUGACACUGAAUACAAUGCUAAGCAUAAGCAAUCUCACUUCAAACACAACACUUUCCCUUCAACCUGGAGAACACGUAAUCAGUCACUAUUCUUGGGUUAUUGACCUCACUGAUUUGAGCAUCAUUGGUAAUUCUAGCGAUCCCUCUAAUGUGGUAAUACAAUGCGACCCUUCAUUUGGCCUAAUAUUCAUGAGCAUUGAGAGGCUGACAUUUAGAGGGCUUACUCUUCGUGGCUGUGGUUUCAACGGGACAGAAAAUGUCAACGCUACGUUGUCCUAUAUUGAAAGAUUCAUUGUUUUGUUUUAUGAUCCCCUUGGUGAUUUCUCAACUGGACUCUUUAUGGCUCAUAUUACUGAUCUGACAAUGGAAGACAUGGUUGUGGAUCGCAAUAAAGGGUUUGGAGUUGUGGGAAUAAACAUUGUUGGCAAGUCGAGGAUUUCUAACGUCAACUUUACACGAAACAGACCAAUUGAGUGCGUUUUGGAGGUGGAACAAACCUCUUCUCCUGGAGGAUCUGGAGGUGCCAUGUACCUACUUUAUCAGGACUAUAUAGCUGAUUUGGAGAAUUUCACUCGCAUCAACGACACAUACAACCUUCUCCUUGAAAAUAUACAGGUCCGUGAGAACUACAACUGUCGUAUCGAUCUAUUUUCAUAUCAGCACAACCUGCUAUCGAGAAGCUUAGAGCCGAGAUUGAUUCAAAACGUUUCCUUUAUUGGAGCUGGUGGGAUAACCAUCUCUCUUGCUCAGAGCUCUUACACUGUGUAUGCAAAUGUAACUGAUUCCUUGUUCAGUAACAACUUUGGAACAUAUCAUGGCUCUGCACUUGAAGUUUCACAUUUCGAAUUGACAUCUGAUAGCCAUAUUUACAUUACCAAUACUAACUUCUUAGACAAUGGAAUAAUUUUGGAAGUUUUGGAUGGUCCUCUACAGACAAACGUUUCGAACCCUGCCGGAGCUCUUAUUGCUGCUUUUUACCUGCCAGUUCCCUCUAAUUCUGCCUACAGUGAUACCUUAUUGAGUACGAUCAUUUCACAACUCGAAAGCUCCGUGGAUGUUCUUAACUGUACUUUCCAGCAAAACAUCGCCCAAAGUGGUUCCGGUAUUCAGGUGUUUUCACUAGGACCAACUGUCGCCGGUAUCCAAGACAGAAUGACUAUUCAAGACUGCCACUUUGAAAACAACAUGGGAGAUUAUGGCAGUGCAGUGUUUGUCACCGAGAUUAGCUAUAGUGCCUUUGAGCCUGGCCUAAGGGUUAUUUUUGAUUCGAUAACAGCUGUAGGAAAUCAAAGGAUACCUACAUUCUCUGUUCAAUCCAGUACCACUGGUGUCAUCGAUAUAAAUUUCAUCAAUGUUACUCUUAAUGGAACAAAUCGGUUUUACUCAAACAAACAAACUGCGAUCUCUGUAUACAGUGGCAUUUUAGUUAUUUCAGGUUCCACCAACUUCAGUGAGAAUGUAGGUAUAAAUGGAGGUGCUUUAAGUCUCGACGCUGAGUCCUAUUUGGUACUAGCUGGAGAUAGAGCAGAUGUGCGAUUCACUGAAAAUACGGCACAAGUGAAUGGUGGAGGCAUAUACGUUAACUUUGACACCAUACGUGCAAAUGACUAUGACUGUUUUCUGUUUAUCGAUGAUGUAGAUAUCUUUUGUAAUGUUCAGAACAAGUGCCCCGACCCAGAAGGCCGUUAUAGCUUGACAUUCAUUAACAACCGUGCCCAGUUUGGAUCGGCCAUUUAUGGGUCCUCAUUCUCCAGAUGCCCUUGGAAUGUUAACAAUAGUGGGUUAGUGCACCUUGCUCUCAGUGAUAGCAUUACCAACGUCUCUAAUUCUUUACUCCCAAUAAUUUUCGAUCCACCUUUCACAACUGGAAACACCAUAAAUACCGUAGCUGAGCAUAUCGUCGAGUAUAACAACACCGAUGACAAAACUAUCAACUUAUAUCCGGGUCAGAACUUCACACUAUCUCUCGGAAGCUUUGACAAACUAAACCAAUCCGUUCCUCUCACAGUUCUCUCACAACUUCAAACAAUCACAGAAAACGAUGCUGCUCACUCGCAGAUUGGUGGAAGCGAUAGAUAUCUUUUAGCAGGUGGUGGGGAUAAAACUUUCACAACUGUUCCUCUUAUUGUUUUUGCAGAGCAAAACACGUCAUACGAUAUGACCAUAACUUCUGCUGAAGAACAUGUAGAAAAUUUCACAGCUAGAGUGUUUCUGCGUUUUUGCCCAGGUGGGUUCAAUUUCAAUAACAUAACUCACGGCUGUGACUGUAAUGUGACAGAUCUUGAACAGGUAGAAUGCAAUGAAGAUGGCACACUGUCAUACCGUGUUGACUACUGGCUUGGAAUGGAUGAAGUGUUUGGUUACAUUCAGAAACAGUGCAUUUUUGAUUAUUGUACCCCUGGACAUUCUAUAUUGGAUCUAUCAGAAUCGGAUUCUCAAUGUAGGAACAACCGAGCCGGGAUUUUGUGUGGAGGGUGUGCAGAAAAUUUUAGUCGAAAGAUAGGAACAUCAUCAUGUGAUAAAUGCGACAGCUACAUUAGCUUAUUGUGGAUUCUUUUUUUUGCGAUAUUAGGAAUUGGUUUAUUUGCUUAUCUAGCAGUGUUGAAUGUGACCAUAACAGAUGGCUUCAUUAAUGGUUUCAUCUUCUACAGCAACAUAUGUAGUGUGUAUCUCACUUCUUUUUCCCCAAGUUUACCCAAUGAUGCUCGCCAAGUACCCGAGAAGAUUAUCGCAUUUCUUAAUCUUGAUUUUGGAAUUGCUAUCUGCUUUUAUCCUGAAAUGACUGAGCUUGCUUUAGCUGGUCUAAGGUUCAUAUUCCCAGUGUACCUGCUACUGCUUCUACUGAUUUUCUUUCUGUUUGCAAAAUACAUUUCUAAUCAGAAAGUGGCAAACUUCUGUCAAAAGAUCAAUGUUACCCACAUCUUUGCUACAUUGAUCUUACUCUCUUAUACCAGCCUAAUCCAAAAUAGCUUUGCAAUUCUGAGUUCAACCACAAUAAACAAUAGCCUUCGAUGGGCAAGAGAUCCUAACAUUUUGUAUGAAGACCCUACUCAUGUGUUUUUAGCUGUACUGUCGGCUUGUAUACUCGUGGUUCUAAUUCCGUUUCCUCUGCUCCUACUUUUCCCAAGAGUCAUCUAUCGUACAUCUUACUUACAGAAAUCUAAACCUUUACUUGAUGCUUUCAUUGCUCCUCUAGCACCUGGUAGAGAAUUUUGGGUCGGUGUUAGAAUGAUGUUUCGGAUUGUUUUCUUUCUCAUUUCACUUUCUUCAGAAACUGCAGUAGUGGUGGUUUUUUCAGUCCUUAUUGCUAUUCUUACGGUCGUUGAAACAAAUGUGCGGCCAUUUAAUAGUAUCACAAGAAAUCUAGUCAAUCGUAUGCUAAUGAUGAACCUAACAAUUUUUUCUAUUACUGCAGUCUACACUCAUUUGGAAAGUUUAAUUACUCCAGGAAAGGAGAGAAGUUUCAACACAGUUAACUUGUAUGUGUUUUUACUUAUGUUCGCACUUCUCAAUUUGCAUUACCUUUUGAUUCGCUUCAAGUGCACUCGAGAUCCGUAUGAAAAACUGAUUAAAUUGUUAAAGCAAAAAGUUAACAGACUGAAAGCUAAGCUCUCUUCCCCUAAUAAAAAACAUACGCAAAUCAGGAAGAAUAAAGAUCUUGAUAUUAAGAAAGAUGAUUUGGUUACUCACGCAAGCAUUGAAUUGAGACGAGAAAUGAACUUUGAAGAGACCAAUUUUAUUGCUUACAGAGAAGAACUGAUCGAUGCAGGUGACAUUAGCAGCAGUAUCGAUGAGGCAUCAACUGAAAAUGCUAUUUAGAAGUUAGGUUAAUCAGUUUGUGUGUGAAAUGGGUGGCCUAAACUCAGUGUGUAAUUCCAUUUUUAUUUUGUAAAUAUAAAGAUGUGUGAAAAAAAUCAAUUGCAAUGCACAA